CGCCGCUCCGGCGGGCUGCUCGCUUCGUUUCGGGGGCGUCCUUGGCCCUCCACGCCCGGCAGUGCCUGCCUCCGCCUUUCGCAACCUCCUCGGUCCUACACGAUCCCGAGCGGGCCAGCGGGCGGGCAGGCUGGCCCGAGCUGCGGCGGGCGGGUACGGCUGGAGUGUACCUAGGCUGGUCGGCGGGACGCAGUGCACGCUGCUUGGCGCCGCAGGCUGAUCCCGCCUCGCCCCCGGGAGCAGUGAUGUUGGGCAGCUCCGUGCCCGGGCCUGCGGCCCGCGAGGCAGGCUCGGCGCUGUUAACAUUGCAGCAGACGGCGCUCCAGGAGGACCAGGAGAACCAGGAGAACAUCAACCCCGAGAAGGCGGCGCCCACCCAGCAGCCCCGGACCCGCGCUGGGCUGGCGGUACUGAAGGCCGGGAACUCGCGGGGACCAGCGCCGCAGCAGAGGCCUAAGACGCGACGGGUUGCACCUCUUAAGGAUCUUCCUGUAAAUGAUGAGCAUGUCACCGUUCCUGCCUGGAAAGCAAACAGCCAGCAGCCUGCGUUUACCAUUCACGUGGAUGCAGCAGAGGCAGAGACUCAGAAGAGGCCAGCUGAAUCUAAAAAACCAGAAGGUGAAGAUGUCUUGGCUUUUAACUCAGCUGUUACUUUACCAGGACCAAGAAAACCACUGGCACCUCUUGAUUACCCAAUGGAUGGUAGUUUUGAGUCACCACAUACUAUGGAUAUGUCAAUUGUAUUGGAAGAUGAAAAGCCAGUGAGUGUUAAUGAAGUACCAGACUACCAUGAGGACAUUCACACAUACCUUAGGGAAAUGGAGGUUAAAUGUAAGCCUAAAGUGGGUUACAUGAAGAAACAGCCAGACAUUACUAACAGUAUGAGGGCUAUCCUCGUGGACUGGUUAGUUGAAGUAGGAGAAGAAUAUAAACUACAGAAUGAGACCCUGCAUUUGGCUGUGAACUACAUUGAUAGGUUUCUUUCAUCGAUGUCUGUGUUGAGAGGAAAACUUCAGCUUGUGGGCACUGCUGCUAUGCUGUUAGCCUCAAAGUUUGAAGAAAUAUACCCCCCAGAAGUAGCAGAAUUUGUAUACAUUACAGAUGACACUUAUACCAAGAAACAAGUUCUGAGAAUGGAGCACCUAGUUUUGAAAGUCCUUGCUUUUGACUUAGCUGCACCAACAAUAAAUCAGUUUCUUACCCAGUACUUUCUGCACCAGCAGUCUGCAAACUGCAAAGUUGAAAGUUUAGCAAUGUUUUUGGGAGAGUUAAGUUUGAUAGAUGCUGACCCAUAUCUAAAGUAUUUGCCAUCAGUUAUCGCCGCAGCGGCCUUUCAUUUAGCACUCUACACUGUCACGGGACAAAGCUGGCCUGAAUCAUUAGUACAAAAGACUGGAUAUACGCUGGAAACUCUAAAGCCUUGUCUCAUGGACCUUCACCAGACCUACCUCAGAGCUCCGCGGCAUGCACAACAGUCAAUAAGAGAAAAGUACAAAAACUCAAAGUAUCAUGGUGUUUCUCUCCUCAACCCACCAGAGACACUAAAUGUGUAACAGUGAAAGACUGCCUUUGUUUUCUAGGAUGUAAAUCACUCAAAGUAUAUGGUGUACAGAUUUUAUCUUAGGUUUUAAUUUUACAAUCAUUUCUGAAUACAGAAGUUAUGGUCAAGUAC